AAAGAUAAUUUGGUAACAUUUAUAACAUUCCAAUAUGGCUAUUCAAACACUUUUUAAUGUCGUACUUUAUUUUGAAAGUACUUUUGGAGAGAAAGCGAUGAACAGAUGUGAUUAGUUGUGAUUACUGCUCGGACUAAACAAACAUAAAGCUAGAGUGAAUGCAAGCAGAAAUACAAUGUAAGGAGAAUUUCAAAAUACGUCACUGCGGUCAGAUUAAAGUUAUCUAGCGAUCAGUGAUUUGUUUAAUUGAUUAUUGGAGCGUGUUUACGGUCAAAUAUGUUGGUAGCCUCGUCUUUGUUCGCAACUAUUUAGGCUAGCGUGGCUUUUAUUAUGGAAUAUAGCGGAAGUCAGUUGCUCACCACUUGGCGCUUGAUUGAAAAAAAAAAGGGAGGAGGAAGUCCGCUUUACGGUACCGCGAUGCGUUUGAGGCUGCCGCGGCGAGACAAACACUCUCUCGUGGGACCAACAACCUUCACCGUCGACUCAAAGAUGCCAGUGAGCGCCCGCUAAACUCCGCCUCCCAUCAUGGACGCCAAGAAGCCGAGCGUGCUGCAGCAGCUGCGCCGCAAGAUGCUGCCCGGCCUGCGGCGGGGCAAGACGGGCAUCAGACGGGCGGCCGCCCACCUGCAGCCCGCCGACCACCGCCUCAGCGCCUCCGUCCCCGACGUGAGGAACGUGAAGCAGGACAUCUUCCGCACGUCCUCCAGCGCCUACCCCCGUAGGAGCCCCGCCCUCAGCCACAGCAGCCCCGCCACGCCACUGGUCCACCCUGCCAGAGGAGUCCCGGGAGGCGGAGCCACGGGGAGUGAAAAGCGGCUGAGCGGGCCUGCAGACUGCACAGACCGGACGUCCUCCCAGGAGUCCUUUAGCAGCGUGCACUUGGACCAGAACUCCCCCGAGCGCGGGGACCGAUCCUCAAGCGGCAUCGAACCCGAGGAGCUGGCUCUCCCCGAGAUGAUGACCGUGUACAGCCCCGACUCCGCCUUCAGCGAGGACCCCACGCAGACUGACAUGGAGUCUCCCAGUGUGUUUGAGGGCGACAGAGAGUCUUCCCGGUCCUUCCUGCUCACCAUCAACCUGAAGGAAGGACACAACUUGGUGAUCCGAGACCGCAGUGGUACCAGCGACCCCUACGUCAAGUUCAAACUGGACGGUAAAAGCAUCUACAAGAGCAAAGUGGUCUUCAAGAACCUCAACCCCACCUGGAGUGAGAACUUCUCCAUCCCCAUCAGGAACCUCAGCCAGAGACUCUACAUCAAGGUGUACGACCGCGACCUGACCACGGACGACUUCAUGGGCUCAGCGAGUGUCCUGCUGAGCAGCCUGGACAUGGACAAGGUCAACGAGCUGGUUCUGCCCCUGGACGACCCCAACAGCCUGGAGGAGGACAUGGGCGUGGUCCUGCUGGACAUGACCCUGGUGCACAGAGACGGGGACAGCAGACGAGGACCACGCUGGCAGCAAAUCCGCAAGUUCAGUCGUAGGAGUUCCCGUCUGUCCGAGUCCGGGAGGAGGAGUCAGCUUUGGAGCGCGGUUGCCACGGUGACGGUGGUGGAGUCUCAGGACGUGCCGGCCGAGGCGCACGGCGGCCAGGUGUUUGUGCGCUUCCGCCUGGGAGAGCAGCGCUUCAAGAGCAUGGACCGGUGCGGCUCACCCCGGCCUCAGUGGAGGGAGCGCUUCACCUUCAACCUCUUCCCGGACACUCCCAGCGUCCUGGAGGCGGAGCUCUGGUCCAAAGAGGGACGGCGGGCAGAGGAGUGUUUGGGAACGUGCGAGGUGGACCUGGCCGGCGUCCCCUUGGACAUCAGACAAGUCUUCACGCUCUCGCUGGACCAGGGCCGAGGGCGCCUGGUCUUCCUGGUCAAGCUCGGCGCCUGCAGCGGCGUGGCCGUCUCGGACCUCGGCGCCGCACCCCUGGACCUUCCCGGCCAGCGUCAGAACCAGCUGGACAACUACAGUCUUCAAAGGUCCCUGGAGAACAUGGCCGACGUGGGCGUCCUUCAAGUCAAGGUCAUCAAGGCGUCGGAUCUGCUGGCGGCUGAUUUGAACGGUAAGAGUGACCCCUUCUGUGUACUGGAGCUGGUCAACGACCGCCUGCAGACCCACACCAUCUACAAGAACCUCCACCCUGAGUGGAACCAAGUCUUCACCUUUCCGGUCAGAGACGUCCACGAGGUCCUGCUGCUCACCAUCUUUGACGAGGAUGGAGACAAAGCUCCAGACUUCCUGGGGAAAGUGGCCCUGCCGCUGCUCUCGAUCCGCGGGGGGCAGCAGGUCACCUUGCCUCUGAAGAAGGACGACCUGGGCGCUCUGACCAAGGGGAGCGUCACGCUGGAGAUGGACCUCAUUUUUAAUCCUGUCCGAGCUAGCAUCAGAACCUUCCAGCCUCGAGAGGGCAAAUUCAUGGAGGAUAAUCCCAAAUUUUCCAAAAAGGCUCUGGCCAGGAACGUCCUGCGUGUGCAAGCGCUAAGCCGCGCCAUCACGUCCACGCUGCAGUACGUCAAGAGCUGCUUCCAGUGGGAGAGCGUGCAGAGGAGCCUGCUGGCCUUCCUGGUGUUCCUGGUGACGGUGUGGCACUGGGAGUUCUACAUGCUGCCCCUCAUCCUGGUCCUGCUCGUCUCCUGGAACUACUUCCAGGUCCGCUCCGGGCGCCUCAGUCAGGACCUGGCCAACAUGGACGUGGGCGAUGAAGACGAGGAUGAUGAGAAGGAGUCUGAGCGUCGAGGCCUGAUGGAGAAGAUCCACAUGGUCCAAGACAUCGUCAUCAGACUUCAGGUCUUCUUAGACCAGGUGGCCUGCUUGGGAGAAAGAAUCAAGAACACCUUCAACUGGUCCCAACCUUUCCUGUCCAGUCUGGCCUUGCUGCUCUUCGUCAUGGCAACCAUCCUCACAUAUUUCAUCCCAGUGCGCUACAUUGUCCUAGUGUGGGGAAUCCACAAGUUCACCAAGAGACUCCGGAGCCCGUACUCCAUCGACAACAACGAGCUCCUGGACUUCCUGAGCAGGGUUCCCUCUGACGUGCAGAAGGUUCAGUACAGCGAGAUGAGAGGCGCCAGGAAGAAGAGGACCACGUAGAAGAAGAAGAGGAUGAUGUAGAAGAAGAGGAGGAGGAUGUAGAAGAAGAGGGGUACCACGUAGAAGAAGAGGAGGACCGCGUAGUAGAAAAGGAGGACCACGUAGAAGAAGAGGAGGACCACGUAGAAGAAGAGGAGGACCACGUAGAAGAAGAAGAGGAUGAUGUAGAAGAAGAGGAGGAUGAUGUAGAAGAAGAGGAGGAUCACGUAGAAGAAGAGGAGGACCACGUAGGGUUUCAAGCUAAGUCUGAGGCCCCGCCCACCUUUUUACCCUAGAAUUCCAGGUCACUUUGGAACAUUUGUAAAGUUCUUUUUUCUAAAGUAUUUUCCUAAGAGAAGACUUUUCACUGUCUGUAUUUUAUAUUACUUUGACUUUUACUGAGUGCUACACACACACACAUAUAUAUAUAUAUAUAUAUAUAUAUAUAUAUAUAUAUUAGAGAUGCGCGAAUAGGCAAUUAUUUCAUCCGCAACCGCAUCAGAAAGUCGUCAACCAUCCGCCAUCCACCCGAUCUAACAUUUAAUCAGAACCGCACCCGCCCGUUGUUAUACAUCUAAUAUAGACGAUGCAAGGCAUUAGUGAGGUUAUAAAGCUUUUGCCUGUUAAAGAAAGGAGACUGAUCCAAUGCAGUAUAGACAUUCGCGUGCCACGCUGUCACGGCCC